CGCCCGUGCUGGGCUCUCCUCAUUCUGCUUGGGAACAGCAGAGAGCAGGAUGUGGCUGCUUCAUCCCUCACUGCUGAAGUUUUUAGUCUCAUGGUCCUUUCUCUUGGGACAACUUAGGUUUUGGGCUAAGAAUCAAAUAUGAAGACUGUCCUGAGAAACCUGAUGCCAAGGAAGCUUGCCAGAGCUCUACAGGAAGGGCCAGCGCCUUGCUGAGGGAGAGAGAGAAAAAGAAAGAAAGUUCUAAAAUUCUCCAUGAAGUGUACUAUGUUUUGGCAUUCCUUCCCAGCGCCACCAGAAGCAUUCCUCCCAGCAAAGGUAGAGUAGGUGGUGAAAAGCCGGAGGUGAAAAGAUACCUGGGAGGACAGAUUAAUUCAUUUCUUGAGUUUCCUUUGAGACACCCCAAAGAUGAGCGCCAACAGCAGCACGGUAGGACAGCUCCUCUGGCGGGGGCCGGUGUGCAUUAGCUGGAAACAGGAUCUGGAAGGGGCUGUCUACCACCUCGCCAACUGCUUCUUGCUCCUGGGAUUCAUGGGAGGCAGUGGGGUAUAUGGAUGCUUCUACCUCUUUGGCUUCCUGGGUACUGGUUACCUGUGUUGUGUACUGUGGGGCUGGCUUGAUGCCUGUGGGCUGGACAUUGUCCUCUGGAACUUCCUACUGGCAGUGGCCUGCCUGCUCCAGCUGGCACAUCUGGUGUACCGCCUGCGCAUGGACACCUUGCCCGAGGAGUUCGAUCUCCUCUACAAGACGUUGUGCCUGCCCCUGCAGGUGCCCCUGCAGACCUACAAGGAGAUUGUUCACUGCUGCCAAGAGCAGGUCUUGACUCUGGCCACAGAGCAGACCUACGCUGUAGAGGGUGAGACACCCAUCAACCGCCUGUCCCUGUUGCUCUCUGGCCGGAUUCGAGUGAGCCAGGAUGGGCAGUUUCUGCACUACAUCUUUCCAUACCAGUUCAUGGACUCUCCUGAAUGGGAAUCGCUGCGACCCUCUGAGGAAGGGGUCUUCCAGGUCACUCUGACUGCGGAGACUGAAUGUAGCUACAUUUCCUGGCCCCGGAAGAGCCUCCACCUUCUUCUAACCAAGGAGCGGUACAUUGCCCGCCUGUUCUCGGCCCUGCUGGGCUAUGACAUCUCAGAGAAGCUCUACACUCUCAACGAUAAGCUCUUUGCUAAAUUUGGGCUGCGCUUUGACAUCCGCCUCCCCAGCCUCUACCAUGUCCUGGGUCCCUCUACCCCAGAUGGAGGGCCAGAAUCUGAGAAGGAUGAUGAAGAAGUCUGCGAGCCAGCCUUGUCCCCUGUUCAGGCCAUGCCCACCUCUGUCCAGCAUACGCCCCCUCGUACGCCCCCUCCUUCUCCCCCGCCAGCUGCUACCAACCUUCCUACACCUCUUUCCCGGGCCAGGAUGUCCAGGCCUGACAGCGGCAUCCUGGGUGAGGACUCCACCAGUCUGGUGCUGGAGGAUUUUGAGGAGGUGUCAGGAUCAGAAUCGUUUAUGGAUUAUAGGAGUGAUGGGGAGUACAUGAGGUGAGGGCGGAACUAACAUGGGCACUGUCACCGACUCAGGACCCCAUCCUCUAGAACUCCUCUCCAAAGCUCCUUUCAAGUUAAGUCCAGGGGUCAGGCCCCUUUGACUCCGAUCCACACUCCUGAACUUUAAGGAUCACCAGGCUGCCUUUUCUCUGUGGCCAGUACAGCUCUCUUCCACGUUCACAGGAUGGUCACUUGCAUGCAUGCCCCUCCUCUCACCCACUGGAAAGUCCUGGGGCCAAGCAGGAGUGAACACAAGGUGCCAGCCCUGCAGCUACACAGAGGUCCUGGGUGACACUGAGACACUCUAAGGAAGACAUCCACAGGCAUGAGGCCCGUCUUCCAUCCUUCACUAGCUGCAGAGUCUUGGCAAGUAACAGCCUCUCUGAGCCUCAUCUCUAAAGUGGGAUUAUAAAACCCACCUCACAGGGUUGUUGUGAGGAUCACAUGAGUUGAUUUAGGUGAAGCACCCAUGCCAUGGUGUGGCAUCUAGUAUGCACUCAAUAAAUCACUCAACUCC